UGUGGAUUUACGACAAAUAUUUUGCCUUUAAUUACAUGCAAUAUAAGUGCACACUCAAUUAUGCAGCGAAAAAUAUUCCAAUAUUUUCCAUUUAAAAGCAAUAUUGGGUCAAGGAGAGCUUAUUCCGAAGUUGUAGAAGAUGAUUUUCGUGUACUAAAUCUGAGGGCUGAGCAAACCUCAACGCGGAGAUUAAGGAAACAAAAGAAAGUUGAUACAAUUAUAGGUCCAAGAACAGAUAAAAUGUCGGAAAAUCAAGAUUGGACCUCCGUUUGGCCCGGUAGUAAAACUUUUCAUCCAUCGUCAGUUCCUUUACCAUUACGUCAGGGCUUCAACGAAAAAGGUGCUCCGCCAUCAAAAUUUGCUAAUGCUGAAUUAAUGAAAAUACCAAAUUUUUUACAUCUUACGCCCUUGGCUAUUAAAAAGCAUUGUGAGGCCAUAAAACCAUACUGCACGCAGUGGCCAAAAGAAAUACCAAAUGAAAAGGAAUGGAAAGAUUUGUAUCCGAUUGAAGUAAUUACUAGCGACUACUGCCACGGAUUACCAACAAUUAGAAACCCAUUAUCUAGAAUUGUAACACUAAAAAUAAAAAUGUCUUCGUUAAAAUUUGACGCACGUUCAAAAGAUAAAUUUUUAAGACUUUUGGGUGAGCAUUAUAAUCCAGAUACUGAUAUAAUAACGAUCACCUCUGAUAGAUGUCCAGCAAAAAUACAAAAUUUCAACUUCUGUCUAUAUAUACUAACUGCAUGUUAUUUCGAAUCGCACGUCUCUGAACCGUGGGAAAAUUUGAAACAAGAAAAGGAUAUGAUUAGUUAUGAAUUCAGUAGAAAUAAAUCUAAAGAAACUAUUGAAAAAAUAAUAGAGCUAAUUAAGAAAAAUAAUCCAACUGUUAUACCAAAAAUUACUUUGGAUUUAGCUAAGAGCAUAGAAAAUUUCAUAAAUGACGUAGAAUGCGAAGAAAACAUUGUGGAAUAUAAAAAUGAAGUAAAAAAAUUGCUAGGAGUAUAACAAUUUCAAAUAGUCAAAAAUAUUUUAUAAAAUAAAUUUAAUA